AUGCAGCGUUGCGCUGUCCAGCAUGUAACACUGCUCGCUCGUCGGCCCCUCCUAUUCAGACCGUCUUAUCAUCGUCUUAGCUCUAGCUCUAUUCCCUCAGGCGCUGUGGGUCACGACUUGUGCGGAAUCCCCACCCAACCGACAUGGUCCGUGAACGAGCUUCUGUCGUCCUACCCGCGACCAUCCAUUCCCCCUUCUACCCUACAAAGACUGCACGAGCUGUCGGCCCUCAUACCUCCCGCUGAGGGCACGCCCGAACACGAGAAUCUCACUCGUGAGAUGGAGGGUCUGGUGAAAUUGGUGGAGGCGGUGAAGCUGGUGGAUACCAGCGGUCUGGAGACAGCGAGCGACGCACCCAUCCCGGAUGGCCGCAUCUGGGAGGAAGGGCGGGGCAUUGAAUUGACGCAGAGCGACGACCUAGAAACCGAUGGCUGGGACCUGCUUCAGCACUCACACAGAGUGCGGGAUAGGCUGUACAUUGUCGACGCAGACAAGCGGAAGUAG